AUGGGUGGAACAGUGCCUCGACGCCAGUUAGGAAAAAAUGGCCCCAAAGUGUCAGAAAUUGGAUACGGAGCAAUGGGUUUGUCAGUCUUUUAUGGCACACCUGCCCCUGACGAAGAACGUUUUAAAGUUCUGGAUCGUGUUAUUCAACUGGGAAGUACUUAUAUUGAUAGUGCUGAUUUGUACGGUGAUAGCGAAGAAUUACUGGGGAAAUAUUUCAAAAAAUAUCCUCAACAACGUCACAAGGUAUUUCUUGCAACAAAAUUCGCCAAUGUCUUCAGUCCCGAUGGAAAACUAUCUGUGCGAGGUGAUGCUGCCUAUGUUCGUGAAGCAAUUGAAAAAAGUCUUAGUCGUCUUCAACUUCCAUAUGUUGAUCUUUAUUAUGUUCAUCGAAUUGACAAAACCGUUCCAAUUGAAGAAACAAUGGGCGUAUUAAAAGAACUUGUCCAACAAGGUAAAAUCAGAUAUAUUGGUUUAUCUGAAUGCUCCAGUGACACCAUUCGACGUGCCUAUGCCAUUCAUCCAAUAGCAGCUGUACAAGUGGAAUAUUCUCCAUUUAGUUUAGAUAUCGAAAAAGACGAAAUUGGAGUGCUGAAAACGUGUCAAGAACUUGGAAUUGCCAUUGUUUGUUAUUCUCCGUUAGGUCGUGGAAUGCUGACAGGACAACUAAAAAGUCCAGAUGAUUUUGAAGAAAAUGAUGUGCGUAGACAUUUUCCACGAUUUUCCAAAGAAAACUUUCCGAAAAAUAUUCAAUUAGUGGAAACAUUAAAACAAUUUGCAGAAAAAAAAGGUUGUACCACCGGACAAUUAACGUUAGCUUGGAUACUUGCUCAAGGUGAACAAUUUAUCGUUAUCCCAGGUACAUCGAAAAUAAAAAAUUUAGAAGAAAAUGUUGCGGCAGCGAAAGUUAAAUUAACAAAAGCUGAAAUUGAACAAAUUCGACAAGCUUGUCAAAAUGCUGAUACAGCUGGAGAUCGAUAUAUGGCCGCACAUAGUGGCCAUUUAUAUGGAGAUUCAGCGCCUCUUACAAAAUAA